GGCCGCCAGGCAACUGCGCAGUGGCCGUCUGGCCGAGCCAAGGCCGCGUGGGCCAGGCCGGAUGAGCCACGCGGCCAGACCACCCCCGGACAUUGCUUUCCAUCGGGUCGACGCAGGUCGUGCUGGGCUGCAUAUCGCUCCUCAAGCUCGUCUCGCGCUGAUUGCCGCACGACUCGAAGCUGGUCCGCAAGAAUCGAUCGCCAGCCAUGUCCUCCAAGACCGACACCAUGCCAUUUCUCGUGGACAUCACAUCCUCGCUGAUUCACGGCCGCCCAUCGUUCGAAACCGGCGAGACGCUGCUGCUGACCCAAGGUGGUGUGGGUCUCUACGAUGGAAAGCUCCGCCUCACCGAUUUCGACGACGGGCUGGCCUAUGUGACAACGCAUCGCAUCCUCUGGGUCCGCGAAGGCGUCCAAGAGCCCAAAGGCCUCGCUCUUGCCCUGUCCAGCGUCCUCUCGGCAGAACUGGAUCCAGGAUUCCUGACUCGGUCCCCCAAGAUCGUCGUUCAACUGACUCAAAUGACAAGAAACACAUCAGGCGCUCUGGAUCUCCAUGAAAAUCCACCCAAAAGCACAGUCAUCUCGCCAAAGCUCACCACAUCCCCGUCUGUCGCUCCAUCGGCCGGCUUGUCGGGCAGAGGAUGGAUUUGUGACAUUUGCGACCACACCAACGGGCCCAGCGACCUCUCCAAAUGUGCUCUGUGUGGCGUUCCCAAGAUCGAGCGAGCGAGCGCUGUCCUUCCGACCGAUGCCCCCGCAACGAACCCGACACCAUCCAGCGCCGCUGCGUACCUUUACCCUUCGUUGGACUCGAUGCAGGAAGCAGGGACGGCUCCUAUCGCAGACACAUCCGACUUGCUGGCUUGCGAGAUUUGUACUUUUCUCAAUACCUCCGAUUCCAGCAAAUGCGACAUGUGCGGCUCCCCGCUCUCCACAGUGGUGCUGCCAUCCCCGGCUCCAAACGCAUGCUCCGUCUGCACUUUUGCCAACCCGAGCAGCGAGCGUCAGUGCCAGAUGUGCGGCUCCAGACUGCACGCAGAGGCUGCCGAGAUGCAGUCGCCUACAAGCGCAGCCGCAGCACCUGGCGCUCUGCAGCCAAGCAACGGCCUGAUCAAGUUGUCCUUUCGCAAAGGUGGAUCCCGAGAAUUCUAUGGCCAUAUCAAGGACUCACUGUCACGGAAGGCGUGGGAGAAACAGCAAGCAUCCAAUCCAACACCAUCUCUGGGAACCAAGAUCACCGCAUCGAGUGUCGGCGGCAUAACGGGCAUCAUCAAAAACGUCAACGAGUCCAAGCAAAUCGUCGACGACUCCAUGACCGAAGCCUUCCGUGACAUGACCAGGCUUAUGGAGAAGGCUGCGGCAAUGGUUGAGCUGACAAAAGCCAUCAGUGAACGGCUAUCUUCUUCGUCUGGAUUCAUCGCUUCCGACGACAACGUCGAUCUCGUUGCGUUCCGCAGCUAUUUGGUCGAUCUGGGCAUUCAGAACCCUGUCACAAAAGACAUUGUCGGCGACAGUUACAUCAAGGAGCUGGCUUUCGAGAUCGCGGGAUUUUUGCAGAAGGUUCUGCCCAAGUACGGCGGCAUGUUGUCGCUGGCAGAUCUGUACUGCUUGUACAAUCGCGCCCGUGGAGGGACAGCUCUGAUAUCUCCCGAAGACCUGAACAAGGCGUGCUCGUCGUUUGAAGCGCACUUGCUGCCCUUUGUCCUGCGAAAGUUUGACUCGGGUUUGCUGGCUGUGCAUUCAAGGCAGUUCACCGACAGGAUGGGCGCCGAGCAAGUGCACCGCUGGAUUCAAGAGUCCGCUCACGGACUCACAGCGACCGAGCUUGCCCUUAGACACGGAAUGUCGCCGAUCCUUGUCAAGGAGCAGCUAUUGGCGGCAGAAAAGCAAGGACUGGUAUGCAGAGACGACACGAUCGAAGGCAUUCGGUUUUACAGCAACGUCUUUGCCACCCAUCCGAGACUGUUCGUGCUGGGGUGACGGUCAAUGCUAGAAUAUGAAAU